AAUUACAUUAGGUCCAUUAGAUAAGGAACCAGAACAGGAUUCAAGAGAACAGGAUCUGCCCACCAGGUCUGAGAUGAACAAAUGGAGACAGAUCUUACAUUAUAUGAGGUAUAAAAGUUUCUAUUUUACUUCAACAUAGUUGAUGGCACAAUUUACCACAACAUAUUUUAUCCAAAGGCUCAAUUAACCAGAAGUUGAAACAAGGAAACUUUAUUUUGAAAGCCAUAUUCCUCGUAUCCAAAGACUACACCAGCGUUUCAGCGUUUCACAUUAACCCAGACCCACAGUGUGCUUUUUUAACUGUCAGUGUGACAGUUCAAACAAUAACAACACUACAUAUUUGCUCCAUUGCAUUUGUUUACGUUUAAACCAAGUAGUGCUGAGACUGCUGUCAGAAUGUGACAUCAUGGACAUUCUAGAAUUCAAACCACAUUUAAAUCCCAGUGUGGAGUCAGCUCUGGACAGUGUCUUACAGAUUUCAGGAGGACAACAGGACUACACUGAAACUAGCAGGACAUCGAAAUUAGAUUCAGCAUCAACCUUUCAACAAAAUCCAAAGAAGCGAACAUUUUUGAGUCUUCUGUGACAACAUAAAAAUGAACAUUCAAAGAUCAUCCUCACCGUCUUCCUCUGAUGGGAGAACCAAAGUCCCAAAAGGCUACACGCUGGCGAAAAACCUGGGACAUGGAAGCUAUGGAACAGUGCUGGAAUGUGUGGAAGACAGCACUGAAGAGCACGUGGCUAUAAAGAUGCCCGAAAAGAACAAUCUAGACCGUGAGGCGGAAAUCUUGGAAAAGCUCAUGAGCCACAACUCGGACGAGUCCAACAUCAUCAAGUACAAGGGAGAAGUCUUUGUAAAAAGUACGCGGCUCCUGGUGUUGGAAAAACUGGACAUCACCCUGUGGGACUAUGUACAUGGAUUAAGAGGACCAAUGCAACUGGAACACGUCCGUACAGUUAUUCAACAGCUGGCCGUGGCUUUGAAUACGACCAAGAGUGCUGGCAUAAUCCACACUGAUGUGAAAAUGGAUAACAUCAUGAUGGUGGAUCGUGUGAAGCAGCCCUUCAAGGUCAAACUUAUUGACUUUGGUUUGGCCAAGUACAGGUCUGAGGCCAAAGCAGGAGAUCUAGUCCAAAUACUUAGAUAUAGAGCUCCAGAAAUCAUCCUGGGCCUGCCGUAUUCAGAGGCCAUCGACGUUUGGUCGUUAGGCUGCGUGAUGGCCAGGAUGGUGGCUCGUAUUGCUCUCUUCGGAACACACUCAGAAUACUGGAUACUCCGACAAAUGAUCAGUCUGCUGGGUCCGCCACCGCAACACCUCAUCGAAGCUGGUCCGAGAUCACGAUUGUUUUUUAAGAAAAUAAGUGGUGGUGUGUGGCGGCUGAAGACACCAGGAGAGCAUUUUGGGAUCUUGGCCAUGUACGCCAUCCCCACACAUCACAGGUUCGGCUCUCUGGAUGAAAUGAAGAGGGUGUAUUCUGAGCCGGACAACCCAGCAGAGGCUGAUGAGAGGAGGGAGUGUAUCGAGCUGUUGAAGGCGAUGGUUCAGUGGGAUGAGAAGGACAGAAUCACCCCCAGUGGUAUCCUCAACCAUCCUUUUAUCACUAAAAGCUACCUCAACAGCAGCUCCCCCAUCAGCAGUUGCGAUGAACCUAAACCCUCCACCAGCGUGUUCAUCAUGGUUAAGCCUGCAGACCCUGAAAACAGAACUGACCUGACAGGCUUGCCUGAUGAGGACAAAGACCGGGAGCACAAGAAGAGCAGCAAGGAUGAGCACAGUGAGGAGAGUGAUGAUUCUAAAGCUGCUAAAGACAUUGAGGAUGGUGAAAACGGUGACACCAGCAACGUUAGCAAAGAUGAUCAGUUCAGGAAGGUCGAGCAGAAUCAUCAGUACACUGAAGACAGCGAAAAGGAGCAAAGCAAGAAGAAAAAGAAGAAGAAGAACUGCUUCCAACGCAUCUUGUCUCGGAUGAAGAAGACGUUCUGCUGCUGCUGUGUGUCUGAUGUGAUGGACUGAGCAGCACCAAUGGCCUGCAGUCACAUUUCACUCUCACAGGCAGAAGGCCGCCCUCUCAGAGCCUGGUUCUGCCGGAGGUUUCUUCCCAUUUCAACAGGUGAUUGGCCGUGAUGAAGAGACGUCAGAUUGUACAGAACGGUGUUAUGGAGCUGACAUUAUGGAGCUGCGGUUCCUGGCCUCACCUGCCUUGAAGUUCUAUCUACUGUCCUGUUCUCUCUCUCCUUUACCCUCACCCCAACCGGUCGAGGCAGAUGGCCGCCCUGUCUGAGCCUGGUUCUGCCGGAGGGUUCUUCCUGAAAAAGGGAGUUUUACCUCCCCACUGUCGCCAAGUGCUUGCUCAGACGGGAAUCCAAAGGAAAUUAUGGAUUUGUUGGGUUUCUCUCUAUAAUUUUGUCUUUACUUUUCUCAUUUAAGUGUCUUGACAUGACACAUUUGAACUGUAAAUAAAAUUUAUUGAAACUGAAUUGAAA